CUCUCAACACUCCGCGGCAAUAACUCCUUCGCCCCCCUCUCCACAUUCUCUUCCACCUGUGUUCCCCUUUUCUUCUCCUCUUCUUCUUCCUCUCCUCCUCCUGAUCCUGAUCGAGAAGAUCUCACCUUGAUCUCUUGCCGUGUGAUCUCUAGCUCUCGCUAGCCCUCUGAACCUUGCAGUUUGUUGUUUGCACCCGGUGAAACAUCUUCUUUUGUGCAGGUAGGAGAGACAGCAAAGCAGAGAUAAGAGUUCUAUAUUUGCAUGUAGUUCUUGUCUUGGAUCUCACUGGCUGGCUGUCUCCUCUCUGCAGCAAGGUUCGUUGGGCUAGCUUGUGUGCUAGAUCUGUUUCUACUUGCGUUUGCGUUGCUUGGCAAGCAAGAUAUAUAUAUAUAUAUCUAUAUCUAUCUAUCUAUCAUUCUAUCUCCCUACAUAUUUAGAGCUAGCACUUUGUGUGUUCUUUGGGUUUGGGACACACUCAUAUACGCGUGUUCAUGAGUGGAAAUGGAAGGAGCUGCAAGGGCAAGAAUUAGGGUUUGAGAUAUAGGAGUAUAAUGAUGAUCCCGGCGAGGCAUAUGCCGUCGAUGAUCGGCCGGAACGGCGCAGCGUACGGAUCCUCAUCGGCACUGUCACUCAGCCAGCCAAACUUGCUGGAUAAUCACCAGUUCCAGCAAGCGUUCCAGCAUCAGCAGCAGCAGCAUCAUCUCCUUGACCAGAUCCCGGCGACGACGGCGGAGAGCGGCGACAACAUGAUCCGCAGCCGUGCGUCCGACCCUCUCGGCGGCGACGAGUUCGAGAGCAAGUCCGGCAGCGAGAACGUCGACGGCGUCUCCGUCGACGACCAGGACCCCAACCAGCGGCCGCGCAAGAAGCGCUACCACCGCCACACCCAGCAUCAGAUCCAGGAGAUGGAAGCAUUCUUCAAGGAAUGUCCACACCCAGAUGAUAAGCAGCGCAAGGAGCUGAGCCGGGAGCUCGGCCUGGAGCCUCUCCAAGUGAAGUUCUGGUUCCAGAACAAGCGCACCCAAAUGAAGAACCAGCAUGAGAGGCACGAGAACUCGCAGCUGCGGUCGGAUAACGAGAAGCUCCGGGCCGAGAACAUGCGGUACAAGGAGGCCCUGAGCAGCGCCUCCUGCCCCAACUGCGGCGGCCCCGCCGCCCUCGGCGAGAUGUCCUUCGACGAGCACCACCUCCGCAUCGAGAACGCCCGCCUCCGCGAAGAGAUCGAUAGGAUAUCGGCGAUCGCGGCGAAGUACGUGGGGAAGCCAAUGGUGCCGUUCCCGGUGCUGUCGAACCCGAUGGCGGCGGCGGCGUCGCGGGCGCCGCUGGACCUCCCCGUGGCGCCGUACGGCGUGCCGGGCGACAUGUUCGGCGGCGGUGGCGCCGGGGAGCUGCUGCGCGGGGUGCAGUCGGAGGUCGACAAGCCGAUGAUCGUGGAGCUCGCCGUGGCGGCGAUGGAGGAGCUGGUCCGCAUGGCGCAGCUGGACGAGCCGCUCUGGAGCGUCGCGCCGCCGCUCGACGCCACGGCGGCGGCGAUGGAGACGCUCAGCGAGGAGGAGUACGCGCGCAUGUUCCCCCGAGGGCUCGGCCCCAAGCAGUACGGGCUCAGGUCGGAGGCGUCCCGCGACAGCGCCGUCGUCAUCAUGACGCACGCCAACCUCGUCGAGAUCCUCAUGGACGCGAAUCAGUACGCGGCAGUGUUCUCGAACAUCGUGUCGAGGGCCAUCACGCUGGAGGUGCUGUCCACCGGCGUCGCGGGGAACUACAACGGUGCAUUGCAAGUGAUGUCAGUGGAGUUUCAGGUGCCAUCGCCACUGGUGCCAACGAGAGAGAGCUACUUCGUGAGAUACUGCAAGCAGAACGCAGACGGGACAUGGGCCGUCGUCGACGUCUCGCUGGACAGCCUCCGCCCUAGCCCCGUCCUCAAAUGUCGCCGCCGUCCGUCAGGCUGCCUCAUCCAAGAAAUGCCCAAUGGCUACUCCAAGGUGACGUGGGUGGAGCAUGUGGAGGUGGACGACAGGUCGGUGCACAACAUCUACAAGCUGCUGGUGAACUCCGGGCUGGCGUUCGGCGCGCGGCGGUGGGUCGGCACGCUGGACCGCCAGUGCGAGCGCCUCGCCAGCGUCAUGGCCAGCAACAUCCCCACCAGCGACAUCGGCGUGAUUACGAGCUCGGAGGGGAGGAAGAGCAUGCUGAAGCUGGCGGAGAGGAUGGUGGUGAGCUUCUGCGGCGGCGUGACGGCGUCGGUGGCGCAUCAGUGGACGACGCUGUCCGGCAGCGGCGCCGAGGACGUCCGCGUCAUGACGAGGAAGAGCGUCGACGACCCCGGGAGGCCCCCCGGCAUCGUCCUCAACGCCGCCACCUCCUUCUGGCUCCCCGUCCCUCCCAAGCGCGUCUUCGACUUCCUCCGCGACGAAUCCUCUCGCAGUGAGUGGGACAUCCUCUCCAAUGGCGGUAUCGUUCAAGAAAUGGCCCACAUCGCCAAUGGCCGGGAUCAGGGCAACUGCGUCUCACUUCUUCGCGUCAACAGCUCGAACUCGAACCAGAGCAACAUGCUGAUCCUGCAGGAGAGCUGCACGGACGCGUCGGGGUCGUACGUCAUCUACGCGCCGGUGGACGUGGUUGCGAUGAACGUCGUGCUAAACGGCGGCGACCCGGACUACGUCGCGCUGCUGCCAUCGGGCUUCGCCAUCCUGCCCGAUGGGCCGGCGCACGACGGUGGCGACGGCGACGGCGGCGUCGGCGUCGGCUCCGGCGGGUCGCUGCUGACGGUGGCGUUCCAGAUACUGGUGGACUCCGUCCCGACGGCGAAGCUCUCGCUGGGGUCGGUGGCGACGGUGAACAGCCUCAUCGCCUGCACGGUGGAGCGCAUCAAGGCGGCCGUCUCCGGCGAGAGCAAUCCGCAGUAGCUUCGUCCUUGAAUCAAACAAAAGCUUCUUGUGCUUUCAAUUUCAGGAGCAGCAAAAUUUUGGAGCUUUCAUCAGUGGGAAGUCAAGAACGCACCUCAGACUGUCCUUGCCAUGUGGUGCCCAUAUAUAGUUUGGAUUAUUUUUCGCUAGUUUUUCCGCAAAUUCGGGAAAUUUCAAAAAAAAUGUGUCACCACUACGCAAGGGCGGUUGGUUCGGGUAUUGACUUCCUCUUCAUGUUCGCCUCUCGGAUGCUGCUACCUUAUGAAUUUAGGGUUCUUCUGGAGUACAAAAAAAACCCCUUAAUUUGAUCUGUAAUUUCUGUUGUUCAGACUUCCCAGUACCUAGCUAGCUAGUAGGAGUUGCAGAAUAGAGAUCUGUGUCCCUGUCUUAUACUUUUAGUUCUCUUCAGUGUUUGAUCAGUGCUGUUUCAAUCCAAAAUUGUGUGUGCUGUGCUUGUUAUUAGUUCUUCCUUGCUGCUUCAAUGAAGGCGAUGUUAAUUUCAGUUUCCAGCA